AUGGAUGACCUUGAAGGCGAACGCGAAGGGCACCAGCGGCGCCGAGAUGUAGGCUUGAAGCCGACAAGCAAGACAAAGACGACCUUGCGGCGUAGGCAAAGCAAAAACAGCUUAGCCUCACGCGUAAGCUUCAGCGAAAUCGACGACGACCUUUCCCUACACCCACCGCACAAGCCACAACAUCGCAGCCACCACGACUUGCCUUCUCUUCUCAAGUCACCUGAAACCCCUCAGCCUAUCCAGAGAGGAGCCAAGCGCAUGUUCGGCGGAGGGCACACGGUGAGUCCAUUUAGUAACCUGCGCGGCUACCUGGCGCACUCGUCGAUCGAGAAGUUUGAGCGCUGGCCUGAGUCGGGUCAGCGGCAGAGUUUUGGGCGCUCUGACUGGGGGCCCAGUGGCCGAGAGUUCACCCGCCGCCUCAAUCUCGCCGAGGCGCAGCGUAAUAGGCGGCAAUUGCGGGGGUGGGCGCGCGACGAUUACUUUAAAGACAUGGUCGUCGACGACGUUGAAGUCCACGUACCUGACACUCUGUUGGCCAAGGACGAUCGGCGGGGCGAGGAGCGCUUCACGGUGCCCGCUACCAACUUCCAUACCAAGCGCUUCCGCGAGACGUCCUCUGUCUUGCCCUGCGACCAGUACCUGCUCCAAUGGCUGAACGGCACCGUCCUCACUUCUGCCCUCAGUGCUGUCCACGCCAUUCGGUUCCAUUAUACCGACGCCACGUUCAUGUAUGCCCCGUCAGCGGUGCGCCGCAAGGGCCACAAGGAGAAGAACUACCAAGGAUUCCCUGACGGAUACGGUUCGCUGAUCCUCGUGCGCGACGAGGCGAACGGAGGGCCAGCGUUAGGGCCGAUAGACCGCCGCGCGCUCCUGGUCUCGGUCGUUCCUCCCUCACCAUACACCAAGGAGGUCUUGAGCGCGUUUACACGUACACAAGAGCACUGGAAACAGUAUUCCAGAUCGGACAACACAUCCGGUCUCGCCAACCUGCUUCAAGCUCAAAUGUAUGACGAGUGUGUGGCGCACGGGGUGCGGUAUUGGGUCGCCACGACGUUAAAGUGGUGGGUCUUCGGAGUCUUCAACAAAGACUUGACGCAGUGUGUGGUAUCAUCAAAGAUCCGCCGCAGCGAGACAGCCUGCACGGUCCUCGAGUGCCUUGUGACGUGGAUGCGCCGAGCGCUUGAAGCGGAGGAAGAAGCGUACUGCUUAGCGGAGCAGAAGGAGGAGUGGAGGGAUGGCAACGCCUUCGCUCCCUACAACAACCGACCAGCACUGCAGCGCAUCCCACGCAAGACCACAGAGAGCCGCGAGACGAGCUCUACGCGGACGGCACCAACGGAGAGCAGGCAGGGUAAACCGACUCGGAAGCAGACCGUGCCGCGGACCGUGCCGCAGCUCGCUGAACAGCGCGUACGUCAGCGCAGCACAUCGUUCACCCGGUCCCAGGGGCGGAGCAAGACCGAGUUGAACCAGGACGGGCAUACCCCCACUAAUCCGGACUCUGAGCUCGAGAGCUCUCAGCAGAAGCAGGACCGCCGUCGCGAGCGAGAGCGUGUGCGCGAGGGCAACGCACGCGCUCAGCACACACACGUCGAGAGGUACACUUACGUUCGGCCGGUGCCGGUGCAAUUCGUCCAUGGGUUCGCGCCGCACGCCCCGGCAUACUUUUACCAGCAGCGGUGGUUCUGA